GCUUCAUUUGAGAAAGAUCUUCGAGAUGGCGUCCAUACGCUCGAGCGGACGAAACAUUGGUGGUCAAGCUCUAAAGCCAGCGUCUCUGCGAACAUAAGUGGCAGUGUGGUGUAUGCCAGAGGGUUGACUGAUUUGGUUCUGCGCAAAACUCACCUUUGCCAUCGCGACCUGCCAGAGACCCUACAGCUCGAUUACAUCCGGUUGCUGAAAUGGAGAGCUCGUGCUUUUCACAUGAUAGCUACAUCAUCCGUUCUUCUCACCACGAAUCCGACUAAGGCGCAACCGAGAGUCACUGUGGGCCAAAGACGCAGAACGGUUGAUGUCGUUAGACCUUCUCAGUACCGAUGUUUCCCGCGUCAUCUCAUUAAUCGAGUCAUCUCACAUAAUGCCAGAGACCAUCAAGGAGGGUUUGCCCAACUUUGUGGGUCGAGUCCUGCCUCCUGCUAUUGCUACGGCCAAGAAUGCAGAUACCGCUGAGCGAGAUCGCCAAGAUGCCGUUCAUAGCCAGUCUGACUAUCAUCCUUCGGAAGACGAGCCGACGAUUGCUGGAGACGUUUUCACGGAACAGAUCGCCAGCUUCUUGCUAAAAUCACUGCGCGAACACGUUUUCGCGAGGCUGUCUGCCAUCGGGACUGCGGAGCGAGUUCGAACCACCACAAGUGCUGCGGAAGUACUUGCCAGAGCGGGCAUGCCAGAGUUUUUGGAAGAGGUCAAUCUUCUCAUCGAUGCGCUUGACAGGAUUCGCUCCGUCGAUCUUAAAGCUCAUGGCAAAUGGUACGAUCAGGUCGCUGCCGAAGUUUCAUGAUUGAUGACUGCGUUGAAUUGUUAGUGAUGCAAAAUGAGACAGGUUGUGGUUACUACUGGCGCUUGUUUGAGCAGUUAUCGUCUGCUGCGGGACGGUGUAUUGAGGGCCCUGUUCGUGUUCGUGACUGUUCUGCAUCCCUGGACUUCGUAUGUCUCAUGAGAUUUGCGCAUACUGUGUACACAGAUACGCGACCACCCUGAUGACGGGGUUUGAUUGACGGGGUUUGAUUGACGGGGUUUGAUUGACGGGGUUUGAUUGACGACGUUGAUAAUAUGACGAACUGAUACAUCCAAGCAUGACUUGCA